AUGGGGAUCGGUGCUCAAUUCCUGAGUGUAGCAGCUCCUGCUUUUAUAAUAUUAUCGCCCUUUACCUCCUACGCCGACCAAACGUACUCCAUAUACCGAAACAAGUCCAGCGCGGGGUUUUCGCUGGAUAUACCACUAAUUAUGUUGGUAGCUUCACUAACGAGGAUAUUUUACUAUCCCGGAGCAAAAUUUGACACUGCUCUUCUCAUUCAAUCUUUUAUUAUGAUUUUUAUUCAAUUAAUUUUAUUGAAACUCGCCCUCGAAUAUAGACCAUCGGUUUCUUCGAAAGGAGGCGAAUCUGCCAUGCCCUUUGUCCACGUCAAGGACCAAUACGGGUAUUUCCGAAGGCCAUAUCAAUUCUGGCAAUGGCGUUCGCCGAAACUAUACUGGAAAUUCCUCCUUUACUACUUUAUUUUCUUAACUGCCUUGGAACUACUACUGUCUCCUUUUCCUGGAAUAUAUUCCGUCUACUCGUCCAGCCUUGGUAUUUUAGGCUUGUCUGUCGAGGCUACCCUUCCUUUACCUCAGAUAAUAUCCAAUCACCGUCUCCAAUCAUGCAAGGGCUUCCGCAUCUCUGUGUUAGUGAGCUGGCUUGCUGGUGACUUUAUGAAAAUGAUGUGGUUUUUCACGGCAAACAGCGAGAUUCCGUGGACUUUCAAACUCUGUGGCCUUUUCCAAACGUUCUGCGAUUUAUUUCUCGGCUUCCAGUACUUCCUUUAUGGGAUGGACCCUACCAGCGCCAAAUCUGCGCAACACGAAGGCUUUUUAGAACCCAUCGGGAAGAUGUUAACACUUCAAAUCUCAACGCUCUACCAAAGAUCGUUAUUUGCUCCGCUUAAUAGACUCGGUAUAUAUAUCCCUGUCGGGCCUUAA